AAAACAUGUGAUGACGAAUUCAGACAGAACAAUGUUGGGAAAACGAAAAGACCCGACAGGCUGUGUUUCCCCUAUAUAUGUUCACUGAAAUCUGAAGAUACUUAGGGUUACUGGUUACAUUUGCUGGGUUCAUCAAUGGCUAAUUCAAUGUUCUCUUCUUCGGCCAAGCCACACUUCUUGAAGCCUAUUCUUCAAAACAUGUGAUGACGAAUUCAGACAGAACAAUGUUGGGAAAACGAAAAGACCCGACAGGCUGUGUUUCCCCUAUAUAUGUUCACUGAAAUCUGAAGAUACUUAGGGUUACUGGUUACAUUUGCUGGGUUCAUCAAUGGCUAAUUCAAUGUUCUCUUCUUCGGCCAAGCCACACUUCUUGAAGCCUAUUCUUCCAGGCUUCAAAACCUAUAUUUUGAUUCCUAAAGCUUUUUAUUCGAAAUACUUAGAGGGAAGACAAGAGGGAAACGCUGCAGAACUUAGAUCAGACGCGUCGGAGAUCACCUGGAAUAUUAAGAUAGACGGCCGAAGAAUGACCAAAGGAUGGGAAGAAUUUGCGGUGGGUCACAAUCUUCAGGUCGGCGACAUUCUUGUUUUCAGACACGAAGGGAAUCUCUUGUUUCAUGUCACACCUUUUGGACUGAGUUGCUGUGAGAUACUUUACUCACAGAAUGACGAGAAAGUUGUCAAAGACAAGACGGGAAAGGUUACACGAUAUAAAACGGUGAAGAAAACGGCAAAAAAUGAGUGUUCAUCAGUGGACACUGAUUUUGUGGUCCCUGUCACCGCCUCAAACCAACGACUUGAUUCAUUUUAUCUUCCAAGAGGUUUUACCACCUCAAGUGGUUUGAGUAAACUGUGCAAUGAGAUAAUUCUAAUGGAUGAAAAAAGCAGGCCAUCGACGCUAAAACUGUGUUACCAUAAAUCAAGUAAUCGGUUUUGUGUCAGCUGAGGUUGGAGAGCUUUCUGCUGCAGGAAUGGUUUUAAAACUGGUUGUUUCUUGAGACCCAUAUUGGCCCGAAAAGGAAAACCACCCGUGCUCCGGAUUUAUCCUUUGGAGAGAGAUGAGGACAACAUUGGAAACCACUCGAAGAAGAUUAAGCAAGAAGUAGAACAUGAGACUGUGAAAGAAGAGACGAAUGUGGAAUCAGGAAAGCUUAAAAGAGAUGGAUUACUGAAGAAAGAUCCACAAAAAGUGUGUUCUUCAUCACACGACACAAUCUUUGUGGUCCCUGGCACAGCUUCAAACCAACGAAAUGAUUCAUUUCAUCUUCCAAAAGGUUUUACUACCUCAAGUGGUCUGAGCAAACUGUGCAAGAAGAUUAUUUUUAUGGAUGAAAAAGGUAUGUCAUCUAUACUAGACUUGAGCUACGAUAAAUCAGAUAAUCGGUUUACUGUCAGGAGAGGCUGGAGAGGUUUCUGCUGCAGGAAUGGGCAUAAAACUGGUUGUUUCUUGAGGCUCAUAUUGGUCCGAAAUGGAAAAACACCAGUGCUCCGGAUUUUUCCUUUGGAGAAGGAUGAGAGCAGCAUUGGAAAGAACUCGAAGGAGAUCAAGCAAGAAGUAGAACAUGAGUCUGCGAAAGAAGAGAAGAACGUGGAAUCAUUGUCUUUGUCAGAUAAUUCUAGCUUUGUGGUAUCUGUCACAGUUUCUAAUCUAAGGGAAGAUAUACUGUAUCUUCCAAUAAGGCUUUCAAGAUCAAACAUACUGGACAAAAAAUUUCACGAGAUAAGUUUGAUGAACAAACAGGGAAGAACAUGGACGUUAAGUUUAAAAUACAGUAAGUCCUCCGGUAAGUUUAGGAUCACACACGGCUGGAAAAGUUUCUGCGAAGCGAAUGGUCAAAACGCUGGAUGUACCUUCUUAUUCAACCUGCAUCUUUCGACAACUCAGUUGGUCCAAGACGGAGUAGCAUGGGACAAGAAGUGAAAAUAAUGGGUUGAUGCAAAUGUAUCAGGACAGGAUUUAGAAGGGCCUUAUAAGGCUGCAUAUAAAAUAUUGCUGUUUGAAACUAAAUUAUAGUUUUGUGUAACUGGUUUAUUGUAGUGAUGUUGUACAUCAUAUGUUCACCUUUUGUGUAACUUUCUUGUAGACAAACAAAAUGAUAUUCUGUCACUAUGUACUAUCAACAAGUCUUGAGUAUCAAA